AUGCAAUCAUAAUAAGAAAGAAAGUCUUUGGUUUAAGAAUUACUAAAAUCUAUAGAUUAGGUAUUAAAUAAAAUGUUGAUAUAGUAAAAUCAUUCAUUGGCAAUAAAUAAUUAACCACUUCAUGAAUUUUAAUGGUUUGAAUUAGAUAAUAAAAUAAGAAUUUUGGUUCAUGAAUUAAUGGAACCACAUUUAAAAGAAUUUAUAGAUCAAAGAUCAGAUUAUUAAACGUAUAUUUAAUUUAUUAUUGCAAAAAAGUAUAUCAAUCAAACUUGACAAAUACAUAUAAAAUUAUGAGGAAUUCAAAGCUCUUUAUUUUUAAAAUGGAAAAGGAACUCCAAUUAUUUAAUAACUGAGAUAAUAAAUGUUAGAUUUAUAAGAGAAGUUUGAAAAUAUAUAAUAAACAUCUUUAUUUACUAUUAAUGAAAAUAACAGAAAAUUAGAUUAGAUCUAAUUUUUAAGAGAUCAACAAUAUCAUCAAUUAAAAAUGAUUGAAAAUAAUUAAAUGUAAUGGACAGAAUAGAUUGAAAAAUAUAGAUAAUAAAAUUAAGACUUUAAAUAAGUUUUGUUAGAUAAUUUAGAAUAAGUUAAAAAAGAUAAUUAAAUUGCAAUUAUAACUGUUUAUGAUAAAUUAUAAUCAAUGAAUAUCUAUUUAGACAAAUAAGAUUGUGUUUAAAAGGAUCUAAAAGUUAAAAUUGAUAAUAAUUACAAUAUAUUGUAAUCAUAUUAAGAUAAACUUUUAUUACAAAUAGCAUAAAGUUAAUAAAAUCAACAAAGUUUGGAAUUAAUAAAUAAAAAGUUUCCUAAAUUAGAUGAACUAUUAUCUUAUGAUCGAUCAGUUAAAAAUGAUUUAGGUUUGAUGAAUAAUAAAUUAUAAUAUUUUGAAAACUACAUAGAAAAAUAUUUUCCACUCUUCUUAUAAGGAACUAUAUCUGAUACUCUUCAUAAUUGUCUUUAAGAAAAUGAUAGGUUUAAAUUAGCUCAAUAUGAAGAAAUUAAAUUUACAGAAUUACAUAGAAUUAUUGUAAAUGAUGAUGGAAUUCCUAAUUUAGAUAGAAAAAUUAAUGAAUAUACUUCUUUUAUAGAAAAAUAACUUAAAAAAAAUAUGUCUUUUUUAAGAGAUAAAAAGGUUAGUACUAAUUAAGUUAAUACUCCAAUUUAAGAAGAAACUUCUUCAAAGAUUUCUGAAGUUCCAAUAACACCUAAAUCUGAUGAUAGUAGUGAAAGAGUAGGAGUAAAAGAUGGAAGUAAUUUAAGAAUAGAUAGAAAUUAAAUGGAAUAUUAUUUAUAGAAUAAAUUUAAUGAAUUUAAAUUGGCAUUAGAAAAGGAUGUAAACUUUUUAUAAAAUACAGCAGAAUAUUUAGAUAAAUAAUUCAAUGUUUUACAUGAUUAGAUGAUUAAAUCUUUUGAAUUAAUAAAGAUUCAAAAUUAUGAAUCUGUUAAUUAAAUUACAUAAUAGAUGACUGACUUAAUAAAUCAAUUUAAUAAUAUACCUCUAUUAACUAAUGAAUUAAACGAAGUACAAUAAUAAUAAUAAUAAAGUAUUUAAAAAUUAUUAUAAUGUUAAAUACUUAUGAUUUAAUAAAACUAAGAAGAAAUAUAAUAUAAUGGAUAAACUUAUUCCCAAGAAUAAUGCAAAGAAAUACUCAAUGAUUUAGUUUAUUAAUUGAGAAAUGAUAAUGACUUUAGUAAUAUAUUUGAUUCUCCUAUCAAGAAAUUAAAACCAUAAUUGGUAUUGGAUGAUAGAAAAUCUAUUCGUAUUAAAACAUCUUCUCAAAGUGGUUUACGUAAGAGUAUUUACAGUCAAAGUUAGACUAGAUCAACAACUGAAAAGAGGAAAUUGUAUUUGUUAGGUUCCAAAAUAUAAUAGGAUUUAUGUUAAAGUCUUAAUAAUUCUGUACUUAAUCCCAGAAAAACAAAUACAAAAUUACUAUUUUAAAGUAAAGCUAAUCAAAAUGAAUGA